AGAUUCGAAACGAUUCAUUGAUUUUUCAAAAUACGCAAUAAAUUAUUCACAAUGCAUUGUGCCGACGCAUUGUUCGUUAAGGCGACCACGAGUGUUCUGAUUGGUCGGUUGUUUGAAUGUGCGGUACUCGACUGCUUGAUACAUUGUCCAUUACGAAUGAACCUCAGAACACCUGUUACCAUAUAAGUGAUGGUAUAUAAGACCUGACAAAUCCACUUCAAGUCACCAGUCGCUUUCACAACAUCACUGAACGUGCAUCGUUUAUUAAACAACGUAAAAAAGAUUUAGCCAAAUAGACUUUCAACGACGUUCAGUUUUUCAGCUUCAAAAUGCCACAUUCGUUUUUGGUGAAGAAAAAGGAUUUCAAAAAACCAUUAGCCGUGCAGUUUGGCGAUAGAGUAUUCCCCGAAGCGAUGCAUUAUUUCCCUUUUCCCGUACAAGACAUCCCGCAGCUUUUGUCGUUUCCCGUACCUUUUCCGGCCGCGUACGCCUUAUUCCGAGAAUAUCCGAUGCAUUUGAUGCCAGCGGGGCCUGUCGGGACGCCGUAUCCUGUGAUCCGCGAGCUUCGACCCGCGAUGAACGAAAGCAUGCACGACAAUGGGAAAUGCAAAGAAAAGACUUCGGAGGACGAUAAAAAACCCGAAGAGAACGCGACGUUCAAAUGCCCACACUGCAGUAAAGUUUUCACGCGAUCCUGGAACUUUCAUCGUCACGUGCUCAUACACAGCGGACAGAAACCAUACAAGUGCGAGAAUUGCCCAAAGGCUUUCGCUCUUGCUGCUCAUCUAAAGAUUCACAAUAGAAUACAUACCGGCGAGAAACCAUACACCUGUAAUAUAUGCCAACGAGGUUUUGCCCAACUGACUAAUCUUCAGCGGCACAUUCUCACUCACACCGGACAAAAGCCCCACAAAUGCACGUAUUGUCCGAAAGCUUUCGUCAGCUCCAGCGACCUCAGACGUCAUGUAAGAAUCCACACGGGAGAGCGACCGUACAAAUGCAAGCAGUGUACUAAAGCGUUUACCACAUCCGGUAAUCUGCAAUCGCACAUACUGACGCACACGGGAGAAAAACCGUACCAAUGCAAAAUCUGCAAGUGGAAGUUUAUAUCAUCCAGCAAUUUACGUACGCACAUGCGCAUUCAUCACACAAACCAGGAGACUGGUAAAGAAUAGAGAGAGGAUAGUCCCAGUAAAAAUUAUAAGACCGAGUUCUUCUCUGAACAAUGUGUCGACACUGGACUCGAAUAGAAAAGUAAAAUUUUGUAAAUAAAAUGAAGAGAUUUGGUUAGCCGACCACAAUAUUGUUUCUGUACAUAUUUGCCACCAAUCGAAUAUGAUUUGCAAAGUAGACAUUCUAUGAAAAAAUUAAAAAUACGAAGAUGAA